GAUGAGAAAGAACCAGACAAAUUCAGCAAUGGAGUCUUCUUCUUCAAUCAUCGCAGCAGCAACAGCAGCCUCUGCAACUCACCAAGGGCUUCAUCGCGUCUUCGUCUAUGGCAGCCUAUUGGCCGAUGAUGUCGUUCGUGUUUUGCUCCAUCGCAUUCCCCAUUCAUCUCCUGCCAUCCUCAAUGGCUACCACAGAUUUAGUAUCAAAGGACGUGUUUAUCCUGCAAUCAUACCUGUAGAGAAUAAGCAAGUUGCAGGAAAGGUUCUCUUGGAUUUAACAAAUCGUGAAUUAGACAUCUUGGAUGCGUUUGAAGAUUUCGAAUACGAGAGACAUACAGUUGAGGUUUCAUUAGCGGACAAGUUUGAGAAAUUACAGACUUAUGCAUAUGUUUGGGCAAACAGAGAAGACCCUUACUUAUAUGGAUCCUGGGAUUUUGAGGAAUGGACGAAAGUACAUAAAGAUGAUUUCAUGAAGAUGAGUUCGGGUUUCAUGGAAGAAUUGGAGCUUCCUGAAUCUAAGCCAAGAGUUGAAACCUAUGAAACGUUCUUCCAACAGAAUGGCGGAAAAGGGUUAUGAAGAUUGAGCUUGGGUUUUAGUUAUAACUGUUUACAUAUCAAAUAAGAUUGGGGGAUGUGUAAAGCUACUACAAUUUGUUGGCUAUUCUUUAUUAGUCCUGCUUGUGCUGAAAAUAAUGUUUUCAGGAAUUCUAUUUAUCAAAAUGAUAAUCAAUGUUGACAAGCAAGCAGU